UGAGAGCAGAAGCUGCCUGCACGAUGCUGAGCUCAGGUCUUCCUCCCGUUCUCCUGGUGCUCUCAGUGCUGGAGCUGAGCUGGUGCCUGAGUGAUGAAGAAAAGAAGAUCAUCGUGGAUGAGCACAAUAAAUAUCGCUCCCAGGUCUCUCCUCCUGCCCAGGCUAUGAUGAAGAUGACCUGGGACCCCGACCUGGAGGUUGAUGCUCAAAAGUAUGCAGAGAAGUGCAUCAGGGCCCAGAAUGGGGGCCCAGGCAGGUUAAACUUCUUUGGUACACCUUCAGCCCUGGAUGUAAAAUUGGCCAUUGAAGAAUGGAACAGGGAGAGGAUAUUCUUCAACCUGAAAACAUCCGAGUGUGUCCCCGUGCAUUCGUGUGACAACUACGUCCAGAUGAUCUGGGCAGCAACAACUCGUGUUGGCUGUGGGAGCCAUUAUUGUGAGAAGAUCAAGGGAAUGGAAGCAGAGAACAUGCACCUGCUUGUCUGCAACUAUUAUCCCCCGAGUAAUAUAACAGAAAAAAAGGCCUACUGGGAAGGACCCUCGUGUAAAAUGUGUCCCAGGGGCACAGUCUGUGUGAACAACCUGUGUGUCUUCAAGCUGUUGGGUGUUCCUGGCUUUUGGGAGGUGCUUUAAAUCUGACUGCCAGAGCCGUGGGCUGCUGAGAGCAGAAGCUGCCUGCACGAUGCUGAGCUCAGGUCUUCCUCCCGUUCUCCUGGUGCUCUCAGUGCUGGAGCUGAGCUGGUGCCUGAGUGAUGAAGAAAAGAAGAUCAUCGUGGAUGAGCACAAUAAAUAUCGCUCCCAGGUCUCUCCUCCUGCCCAGGCUAUGAUGAAGAUGACCUGGGACAAGGAGCUGGAGGCCCUUGCUCAAUCCUAUGCAGAGAAAUGCAUCUGGGACCACAACAAGGAGAGAGGCCGACGGGGAGAAAACCUCUUUGCCAUGGCCCCAAUGCUGGAACUGGAAUUCGCUGUGGAAGACUGGAACGGGGAGGAGAAAUUCUACAACUUCACAACAUCCACGUGUGUCCCUGGGCAGAUGUGUGGCCACUACACCCAGGUGGUCUGGUCAAGCACGCAUCAGAUCGGGUGCGGGGCACAUUUCUGUGAGAAGAUUGAUGGGAUUGAAACAGAGAACAUGCACCUGCUGGUCUGCAACUAUUAUCCCCCGGGUAACAUGAAAGGCAAGAAGCCCUACGUGGAAGGACCCUCAUGUGAAAUGUGUCCCAGGGGCACAGUCUGUGUGAACAACCUGUGUGCAGGUGCCCUGGACACAGAACUGGAGACAAACUCGGACCAGACAAGUGUGGAUCAGCCCAAAGGAGGAGCCCCCAGUACCUGCCUGGGCCUUUCGCUCUUCCUCCUCCUCCCCAGUGCCAUCCUGGUGGGCCUUCUGCUCUGAAGGGUCUUCCUCAGCUCUCCCUGCACCCUCCCCAAGGCUUUUGUCAGCGCUGGUUGUUCCACAGCCCUGGCAGGCUCAGGAGCUCCUUGGACAAUUCCCGUGCUCCCUCCUUGCGCUGCCUGCUCUGCUGCAGCCCCAGAGAGCCAAGGGCAGCUGAUGCUGGGGGAGCUUUGUCCCCUUCCUGAGGAGACCUGAGGGCGGGAGGGUGUUUGCCAUAAUGCUGGUGACCUUGGAUGCUUCUCCUUUUUCCUGGCUUCUGUUCCAUUUCCAGGCUGGAAGUGUUGAGCUCUCCCACCCAUCUGCCCGUGUGGCUGGCAGGCCCUGCCACAGCCUGACCCUGGGGACAGCAGGGUGACUUGGGGACAAUGAGACACGGUGGUUGGCUUUGGUGUUUGUAGAUGAGACACAGUGGUUGGCUUUGGUGGUUUUUUCCAGCAGAAAUGCUCUUUUCUUUCCCAAUGUAUCCGUCUCAAUUUUGGACAAGUGUUACCUCUUUCCCUUCUUGUCCAAACAGAAUUGAGGAUUUCUGUUUCCUCCUGGUUCUGGUGGAGCUCUGGCCAGUACUGCCCAGCUGUUCUCCCCUCUCCUCCUUCAUUCUGCAGCCCUUGCCUCCUCCCAAGAUUCAUUUUACGCCUGUGCCUGCACCUGUGUGCACACACAGAAGAGAAACCUUCAGAGCUGAGAGGGGCCACCAGCUCCUUCAUGUAGCUUUUCCCUGCAUGGCUUCAUUCUUUGCAUAAUUUCAGUGUAUUUGAAUUUAGAUACAGAUUCCUCUUGACGUGUAACUUGUGUGUUUGUGGUCAGGGAGAACAAAUCCCCACUUGUGUUGGUACAAUCUGAGCUCCAGAGGUACAAGUGACACUGUUAGAGGUUAUUGGUGGCUCCUGGGCCUGCUGCAGGACCACUGGCAUUGUCUGGGCCACUGUGUUUUGUUUUUGUUUGUCUCUCCUCCCUUCACCUGAGGAUUCCCAGUCAGGUGUGUUAAAUAUGUGCCAAGCUUUGCAGACAGAUGGAAAGGAGAUAAUGGGGAGAUGCAGCCCGUGCUCUGGUCAUUGCAACCUUUAUUUCUUACAGAUGAGGUGGAGGAUGACCUGAAGGCCAUUAUUCACCUCCUCCACUGCUGCUCUGUCCUCUGCAUCUCCAGAGCAUGCACUGAAUAAAUCCUGUUGUGAAAAUCUGUUCGCUCUCUCUCUCUAGGGGAUCUGGACACCUGGGAGCUGCUUACUAUUAAAAUGCUCUUAAUUAUGUGCUCACAUAGAACUGCUAAAAGACAACAUGACUUCUGUGGGUCCUGAAGGGGUUUUUUGGCUUUGCAAAAGCAUCCAUGUGCUGCCUUUUGUAAGGGUGUAACUUAAUGUUUUUAAACCUUUGUAAAAGCAGCAGGAGGCCAUGGGGAUUGAGGAUGACGUAGGGAAUUUUUCUUGAGCAUCCAGCUGAGUGUAAAGUAAAAAUGUGUCCCCACCAGGAAUUCUUGGGCAAGGGAAGCAAGAGAAAAAGAGC